UUUGUCUCUUGGGGCCAUAGGGUUCACCAUUAUUUGCAGGGCUAGUUGCAUUAGGAGGAGAAAUCAAAGACAAGUCAGGUCUGGUCUUGGUGUGAUCUUGUUUAUUUGCACAGAGCGCACACACAGUUGUAGUUUCUGAACACAGCAGAAAGAGUCACAGGCAGUUUCCUCGCUCCAAAAUCCCCAUGCCUGCCCUCCAGUGGGCUCUGUGCCCAAGAAACUCUGUCCCUCUGCUUCCUCUAAGAGAUGGUCUACACUGCAGAAUUAGGUCGACCUAAUUACAUCGCUCAGGGCUGUGAAAAAUUUCACAUCCUGUGUGAUAUGCUUAAGCCAACAGAAGCUCCAUUGCAGACACUGGUAGAACUAAUGAGACUGAGGCCCAGUGGGGGUUCUCCUCUCAUGCACACAGGAAGGGAGAAAAAUGCCCCUGCCUUUGUCCAAGCCCUUGAUAGUCACCCAGUCCCCUCUCCCGCACACUCUGGCUCUCCUGGAAGCUCUAGGAGGAGACUCCUGCUCUAGAUUCAAGGCAGGCUGAGCAGUGCACUGGAGCUGCCAUGGCUGGGUCAGAUGAUAACGAGCUUCCCAAGAUACCUGAAGAGGAUAUGGAAGCACUGAAGGCAGCUGUUGGGAAAGGAAAUCUCAAUGAAGCAGCUGCUAAUGCGAAAGAGGCUCUGGAGAUGGCUGAUAAAAUCACUGUCAACAUCGCUGUCACGGGGAAGACAGGCUCUGGAAAAUCGUCCUUUGUCAAUGCCAUCCGGGGCCUGGAGGAUACAGAUAAAGGUGCUUCUGAGACGGGGGUGAAUGAAACGACAAUGGAGCCCACUGCUUACCCACAUCCUACAUACCCAAAUGUAACCAUCUGGGAUCUGCCAGGGAUCGGGGCCCCAAAGUUUGAACCAGACACGUACCUCAAACAGGUGCAGUUCAGCCGCUACGACUUUUUUAUCAUCAUCUCCUGCACCCGCUUCACAUCCGACGACAUUCAACUCACCCAGGAGAUCCAGAGACUGGGGAAGAAGUUUUACUUUGUGCGCUCCAAGGUGGAUCAGGAUUUGACAAAUGAAAACCGAUACUAUGACGCGGAGGGAAAACUGAAGCAGAGCAAUGCUUCUGUGAAAAGGCCACAUCAGUACAGUGAGAGUGCGAUCCUCGAGGGCAUCAGAGAGAACUGCAUCCAAUGGCUGAAAACAGGAGGGGGGCGCUCCCCACGGGUUUUUCUUGUAUCUAGAUUGGACUUAGGCAAGUACGAUUUUCCCAAAUUGCAGGAAACGCUAGUGGAUGAGCUCCCCAGUCACAAGAGACUCGCUCUUCUACGAUCUCUGUCCAAUACUUCUAAAGAAAUCUUGGAGAAGAAAAAACAACAGCUGCAAACACAGAUAUGGUUUAAAAGUGUGGUAUCAUGCGCAGUUGCUGCUAUUCCUCUCCCGGGUCUCUCCAUUGCUUGUGAUGCUACCAUACUGGUGACGUCCCUGAAAGAGUACUGCAGGGACUUCGGUCUCAGUGAAAAUGCUCUUGCUAAACUUGCUAGGCAGGCUAACAAGCCUAUUGAAGAACUGAAGGCCGUUAUAAAAUCCCCUCUGUGUGAGGAAAUAACAAAAGAUCUUGUAAUUAAAAUACUAACCAAGUGCGCAGCUGGGGCAGUGCAAUAUGCUACAUUGUUUUUAAAAUUUAUACCCGUGGCAGGUGCUGUGGUAGGUUCUGUGGCAGCUGCAGCAGUUUCUCUCCCUACCACAUACUUAAUGUUGAAGAGUUUCCUGGAUGAUGUUGCUGCUGAUGCUGUACGAGUUCUGGAGGUGGUUAUGGACGAAGCCAUUUCAAACUUGGAGAAAAAGGACAAAAACACCCGCACCCCUUGAAAGGAAGAAACAUCAGCACGUGGCUGGAGCUCGGAGCUCAAAGUCUCAUAAAAUUGCUGCCUUUCUGCAUCAGGUGGGAAACUUCACCAGAACUGAGCUCUGAGCCCCAUUUCCACUGAGGUCUCCCACCCACCAUGACAUAUUGAAUUUAAUUCAGCCAUAAAAUGGACAGGGGGGAUUCUGACUGACCCUGUUCUUUUCUUUGUCUUCAUUUCCCCAGCAAAAGAGGCCAAGUUGUGAUAAAGCUCCACAGGGUCCCGAGUGCCUCACACUCUCUGCAGGGACCUCAGGGAAUGGUUAUUUCAGGCCCCAGCAGAGAGCAGGGCCAUGGCAGAGCCCAUCAAACUCUUCUCCGGGAAAUGACAGGGAGCGACACCAACGAUGACUUGUUCUAGCCACAGAUUUUCCAUUUCUUGGUUCCCGUUGCCCUGAAAUUGCAGCCUGGGCUUGGGCAUGUGAGUAAAUUCACUCAGACACAAUCGUAAAAACCCUAAA